AUGGUAAAACUUGCAAAGGCUGGUAAAAAUCAAGGUGACCCCAAGAAAAUGGCUCCUCCCCCAAAGGAGGUAGAAGAAGAUAGUGAAGAUGAGGAAAUGUCAGAAGAUGAAGAGGAUGGUAGCAGUGUAGAAGAGGUUGUUAUCCCUCAGAAAAAAGGCAGAAAGGCUACCGCAACUCCAGCAAAGAAGAUGAUGGUUUCCCCAACAAAAAAGGUUACAGUUGGCACACCGGCAAAGAAAGCAGUUGUCACCCCUGGCAAAAAGGCAGCCGCUACACCAGCCAGGAAGACAGUUACACCUGCCAAAGCAGUAGCAACACCUGGCAAAAAGGGAGCCACACCAGGCAAAGCAUUGGUAGCAACCCCUGGUAAGAAGGGAGCGGCCACUCCAGCCAAGGGAGCAAAGAAUGGCAAGAAUGUCAAGAAGGAGGACAGUGAUGAGGAAGAUGAAGACGACAGUGAAGAGGAGGAUGAGGAUGAAUUCGAGCCAGCAGUGAUGAAAGCAGCUGCUGCUCCUGCCUCAGAUGAUGAGGAUGACGAGGAUGAAGAUGAUGAUGAAGACGAUGGUGAGGAUGAUGAGGAUGAAGAUGAUGAGGAUGAAGGUGAGGAUGAAGAUGAUGAUGAAGACAAUGAUGAGGAUGACGAAGAUCACUCUGAAGAAGCAGCUAUGGAGACUGCACCAGCCAAAGGAAAGAAAGCUCCGGCAAAAGCUGCUCUUGUGAAGGCAAAGAGCACUGCUGAAGAUGAAGAGGAUGACGAUGAGGAUGAAGUCGAAGAGGAGGAAGAGGAGGAGGAAGAGGAGGAGGAAGAGGAGGAAGGACUUGUCAAAGAAGCACCUGGAAAACGAAAGAAGGAAAUGGCCAAACAAGAAGCAGCUCCUGAAGCCAAGAAACAGAAAGUGGAAGCCACAGAACCAACUACAUCUUUCAAUCUCUUUGUUGGAAACCUGAACUUCAGUAAAUCUGCUCCUGAAUUGAAAACGGGUAUCAGUGACAUUUUUGCUAAAAAUGGUCUUGCAGUUGUUGAUGGCAGAAUUGGUGUGUCUAGGAAGUUUGGGUACGUGGAUUUUGAAUCUGCUGAAGACCUGGAAAAAGCCUUGGAACUCACUGGUUUAAAAGUCUUUGGCAAUGAAAUUAAACUAGAAAAACCAAAGGGAAAAGACAGUAAGAAAGAUUGAGAUGCGAGAACACUUUUGGCUAAAAAUCUGUCUUAUAAAGUUACUUAGGAAGAAUUAAAAGAAGUGUUUGAAGAUGCUGUGGAUAUCAGAUUAGUCAGCAGGGAUGGAAAGAAUAAAGGGAUUGCUUACACUGAAUUUAAGACAGAAGCUGAUGCAGAGAAAACCUUGGAAGAAAAGCAGGGAACAGAGAUAGAUGGGCGAUCCAUUUCCCUGUACUAUACCAGAGAGAAAGGUCAAAGUCAAGACUACAGAGGUGGAAAGAAUAGCACUUGGAGUGGUGAAUCAAAAACCCUGGUUUUAAGCAACCUCUCCUGUAGUGCAACAGAAGAAACUCUUCAGGAAGUAUUUGAGAAGGCAACAUUUAUCAAAGUGCCCCAGAACCAAAAUAGCAAAUUGAAAGGGUAUGCAUUUAUAGAAUUUGCUUCAUUUGAAGAUGCUAAAGAAGCUUUAAAUUCAUGUAAUAAAAGGGAAAUUGAGGGCAGAGCCAUCAGGCUGGAGUUGUGAGGACCCAGGGGAUCACCUAAUGCAAGAAGCUAGCCAUCCAAAACUCUGUUUGUCAAAGGUCUAUCUGAGGAUACUACAGAAGAGACAUUAAAGGAGUCGUGUGACGGCUCUAUUCGUGCAAGCAUAGUCACUGACCGGGAGACUGGACCCUCCAAGGGGUUUGGUUUUGUAGACUUCAACAGUGAGGAAGAUGCCAAAGCUGCCAAGGAGGCCAUGGAAGAUGGUGAAAUUGAUGGAAACAUAGUUACUUUGGACUGGGCCAAGCCUAAGGGUGAAGGUGGCUUCGGUGGCCGAGGUGGAUUUGGUGGCAGAGGCCGGCGAGGCUUUGGAGGGCGAGGAGGCUUCCGAGGAGGCAGAGGAGGAGGAGGAGACCACAAGCCACAAGGAAAGAAGACGAAGUUUGAAUAGUUUCUUCUACCCCUGUCUUUCCCUCUUCCAUUUGAAAGAAAGGACUCUGAGGUUUUUCCUCUGUUACCUGCUCAAUGACAGAGCCUUCUGAGGACAUUCCAAGACAGUAUACAGCCCUGUGGUCUACUUGGAAAUCCGUAUAGAUAACAUUUCAAGGGAGAUAACCCUGAUGGUGUUGACUGGAUAUUCGUAUAAACUUUUUAAAGAGAUGAGUGAUAGAGCUAACCCUUAUCUGUAAGUUUUGAAUUUAUAUUGUUUCCUCCCAUGUACAAAACCAUUUUUUUCCUA